GCGUCUGCAAGCAAGGCGUCCCGAGCGGAAUUCAGGGGAAAGGAGCGCGAGGAGGAGGCGAAAGAGGCUGGCCAUUUGGCGCGCUUGACCGACGGCAACCGUGCUGGAGAAAGAGGCGUCACCGCUCUCGCGGCUCCUCUCUGGCUGCUUCAAAGAAGGAACCCCGUCAGGAAAAAGUGAGCGGGAAAGGAGUGCGUCGGAAAGGCGGGAAAGCUGAGAGAGCGCCGGAGCGCGAGCGGGAAGCGUCGCCAUGCACUUCGGAGAGGGUGCCGGCGGUUCCGCCGCCUGGGGAGCGCCGUCGUCCGCCUGGAACGCGAGCGAGGCGGAGGAAUCGGGCGCCAGCGCAGAGCCUCCCCGGUCCGGCGGCGGCGCCAACGGGAGUAGCAGCAACCGCUACGGGCGGGACGAGGAGCUGGCCAAGCUGGAGAUCGCGGUGCUGGGCUUGACGUUCGCCUUGGCGGUGCUGGGCAACUCCUUUGUGCUGCUGGCGCUGCACCGGACCCCUCGCCAGAAGGCGUCGCGCAUGCACCUCUUCAUCCGGCACCUGAGCUUUGCCGACCUGGCGGUGGCUUUCUUCCAAAUCCUGCCGCAGCUGUGCUGGGACGUGACGCACCGCUUCCACGGGCCCGACGGGCUGUGCCGCGUGGUGAAGCACCUGCAGGUGUUUGGCAUGUUCGCGUCGGCCUACAUGCUGGUGGUGAUGACGGCCGACCGCUACAUCGCCGUGUGCCACCCGCUCAAGACGCUGCAGCAGCCCAGCAAGCGCUCCCGGUUCAUGAUCGCGGCCGCCUGGGCGCUCAGCUUCGUGCUCAGCCUGCCGCAGUACUUCAUCUUCUCGCUGCGCGAGGUGGAGAGCGGCUCCCAAGUCUACGACUGCUGGGCGCAAUUCGUCAUGCCCUGGGGGCCGCGCGCCUACAUCACCUGGAUCACGGGCAGCAUCUUCGUGGCGCCCGUCGUCAUCCUGGUCACCUGCUACGGCUUCAUCUGCUACCACAUUUGGAGCAACGUCCGCGACAAGACACGACGGCGACGGAAGCGGGAGGUGGCUUCUCCGCGAGGGGGCGCCCUGCGCAAGGGGCUGCUCCUCACGCCCUGUGUCAGCAGCAUCAAGAACGUCUCCCGCGCCAAGAUCCGCACGGUCAAAAUGACCUUCGUGAUCGUCUCGGCUUACAUCGUCUGCUGGGCACCUUUCUUCACCGUCCAGAUGCGCUCCGUCUGGGAAGACCAAUCCAGCUGGCAUGAGUCAGAGGACAUUUUAAUUACUGUCACUGCCCUUUUGGCCUGCUUGAACAGUUGCUGCAACCCGUGGAUCUACAUGUUCUUUAGUGGGCACCUCCUGCACGACUUCAUACGGAGCUUCCUAUGCUGUCAGAAAACUGGACAGAGGCUGAAUAAAGAAGAUUCCGAGAGUGUCAGCAGGAGACAUACUUCUUUCACCAUCAACAGAAGUCCGACAAACAGUUUGGACACGUGCAGAAAAUCUCCAGAUUUAUCACAGUCCAUUAGCUCCAUCCCCAUGACAUCCUGAAGCGUAUAUUUUAAAACUGGUGUGCCAUUGAGUUCCAGAACAGCACUUUUAGCACUUUAGCCAUUCGUUACCAUGUGACCCAUAAACUAACAAGAUGAGAGUAACUUAAAAAAAACCCCACCAAACCCAAAUAUGAUGGUUUUGCAUCAAUGUAAAUAAAGUUUGUAAAACAAUCUAUUAAAAAGUAUAGGAAUAUAUAUGUUCAAUGAAAAAGAGGGAAAACAGUAAUGUGUGUAAAUAUUUUUCUACAAAGCUAUUAACUUCACAUGCUUGUUUGUUCUCAGGCUCAAUAACGUAUAAAUUAAACACAGUAAAUCCA